GGCGGGAAGAUGGCGGCCCCCAGGGACUGGCUGGGAGCGGUGGAGGAAGAGGGGAACUCGGGUCUUCAGGGGAGCUCGGGAGUGAAGGUGGUUUUUCCUUCUGAUCCCGCCACGCCUGCCCCGCUGUGCCCUCACGGACCCACUCUUCUGUUUGUAAAGGUGAACCAAGGGAAAGAAGAAUCACGGAGGUUUUAUGCCUGCUCAGCCUGUAGAGAUAGAAAAGACUGUAAUUUUUUUCAAUGGGAAGAUGAAAAGUUGUCAGAAGCUAGACUUGCUGCCCGAGAAGCUCAUAACCGAAGAUGUCAGCCGCCUCUAUCCCGAACGCAGUGUGCAGAAAGGUACUUGAAGUUUAUUGAGUUGCCCUUGGCUGAGAGGAGGUUUUGUCAAAGAUGCCAGCAGUUGCUGUUGCCGGACGACUGGGAGAAGCACCGUGAGCACUGGGUGGUGGGCAACAUCUCUGCCGGCCAGCUCGGCAGGCCCACCCAGCUUCUCCGUCCACUGGAGAACAAGAAGACAAACGCCCAGUACUUGUUUGCCGAGCGUACCUGCCACUUCCUGGUAGACCUGCUUCCUGCCCUUGGGCUCACGAGAGUACUGUGCGUUGGCACACCAAGGUUGCAUGAGCUGAUCAGGUUGAAAGCAUCAGGUGACGAGAAGUCUAACAUUAAAAGCCUUUUAUUGGAUAUUGAUUUUCGGUAUUCACAGUUUUAUAUGGAAGAUAGCUUUUGCCGUUAUAACAUGUUCAACCAUCACUUCUUUGAUGGAAAGGCUGCCCUUGAAGUAUGCAGAACAUUUUUACAGGAAGAUAAAGGUGAGGGAGUCAUUAUGGUGACAGAUCCUCCUUUUGGUGGCUUGGUUGAACCUCUGGCUGUUACAUUCAAGAAGUUAAUUGCUAUGUGGAAAGAAGGUCAAAGCCAAGAUAGCAGUCACAAAGAACUACCUGUAUUCUGGAUUUUCCCCUAUUUUUUUGAAUCCCGAAUUCGUCAGUUUUUUCCAAGCUUCUGCAUGCUGGAUUACCAGGUAGAUUAUGAUAAUCAUGCACUUUAUAAACAUGGAAAGACAGGUCGAAAACAAUCUCCUGUGCGUAUUUUCACCAAUAUCCCACCCAGCAAAAUAAUCCUUCCUAGUGAAGAAGGGUACAGAUUUUGCCCUUUAUGUCAACGAUAUGUUUCCCUAGAGAAUCAACACUGUGAGCACUGUAAUUCUUGCACAUCCAAGGAUGGCAGGAAGUGGAACCAUUGCUUUCUCUGCAAAAAGUGUGUAAAACCUUCCUGGAUCCACUGUAGCCUUUGCGGUCACUGUGCUCUUCCAGAUCAUUCCUGCGGGGCCCCUAAAGAUGGCUGCUUUAUUUGUGGUGAAUUAGAUCAUAAACGUAGUACUUGUCCUCAGAUCACUGCAUCUAAGAAAGUGAUCAGAGCUGUCAGAAAGCAGAAGCAAAGAAAAAGUAAGAAGACGAAAAUGGAGACCGUUAAAGAGCAACCCAUGAAUCACACAUCUGUUACAAGGAAGAAGAAAAGGAGAGAAAGAGCCCAUCAAUAUCUUUGCUCUUAAAUGUCCAGUGACUUGAGAAUAAGAAAGAUUUAUAGUCCAACCUUUGAUGCCAUUUUCUGAAAGUGCCACACUGGACUUAAAUUCUGUCGCUUUCAAAGGUAUGCGCCUUUUGAAGCCAGAAAAUAGGCAGGUGGCAUUUGUUGGUGUCUGGGCCCCUCAGCAGCCUCUCUGGAGACCUGGGGAGUUGUCCCAUCCUUAGCUGGUUUGCCAGACCUCUCCGUGUGCCUUCUUUCACUCUCCAAAUCUGUCCCAGUCGUAUCAUUUUGGCCUCUUUUGAACAAUGGGCAUAUAGCAUUCUUUUGCAGAAAAUGUCAGAAGAGGAAUGAAAGGGGAGACUUGAGGUCUUGUGCAUACUGAACACGAGUGUGUUAAAUUAGACACAGGAAUGUUGUAAGUCAAACAUCAAAAUACUGUAUGAUGGAUUAAACCCCACUUGCAAAGAA